AUGACCGUACACGGUCUCUCCAACUCCCGCUGGGCGGCCUCCUCGCCCUACAGGACGCACUCUCUCCCGCCGUCCAACCGCCUCGACGUCCCCCGCACCACCACCUCCGGCAACCCCUCUCCGCGAUCCGACGGCUCUCCGCCUGACACCAUCAACACCACAACCACCACCGGCAGCGCCCCUCCCCAGCGGCCCCUACCAAACUACAUCACCGCUGCCGCCCUGCCGCCGGCCGCCGAGCUGGCGCGCUACACCAAGAUCGUGCGGCGGCUCAAGUGGAAGCUGCCCUUCCUGGCCGCGGGCUACCAGCAGGCCGUGGCCCUCGCCUCGGCCUCGGCCAACCACAACAGCUCCCCGCCCGACCGACACGGCGGCGGCGAGGCCGAGCUCAUGUUCAAGCUCGACUUCUUCGAGUACUACAUGCUGUGCGAGCGCGCGCUGGUGCACCUGCUGUCGGUGUACGGCCUGGCGCCGGAGCGCGGGACCAGCCCCGUGCACCGGUACCACGCGGCCGUGCUGGAGGCGCUGGACGACGAGGCGAACCCGCUGCACGGGGCGCUGGGCCGCGGGGAGGUGCGGCGGCAGCUCGCGCGGGCCAAGGACCUGCGGAACCGGUGGAAGAACGCCGACGCCGAUGCGACUGCUCCUCCGGAGGGAGAGGGGCGGGAGGGCGUCAUCAUCGCCGCCAACAACAACGGCGUGAACGGCGGGGUGCAGCAGCAGCAGCCGUACUUCAAGACGGCGCUGCAGAGGGAGAGGGACCGGCGGGAGGCGGCGAGGCCGUCGCUGGAGAGCUACGACCUGGAGAACAUCCUGCAGACGAUCUUUGCCGGGUUCGAUGCGGCGUAUGUCAUCGCGGAGGGGUAUGUGGCUGAGCUGAAGAGCAAGCGUGAGGGCGAGGGAGCGGGCGCGGGUGCCGGACAGGAGGAGGGCGAGGUGCCUAUGGAUGGCCUGGAAGAGCAGUGGGAUUUCAUGGUCGAUGCUAUGGAUUGGGAGGCUGUCUGA